AUGGAAAUAGACACAGGUUCACCUGUUUGCGUUGUUCCAAGAGGAGUGUACGAGAAACAUUCUCAGUUUUGGCCACGGAUUCAGAAAGCCCGGGUUAAGCUUAGUUGCUACCUUGGAAAACUGCCAGUCCUAGGAGAGAUACCAAUGAAGGUCUCAUACCGUGGAGAAACAGUGGAGGCGGCAGUGACAGUAUUAGACGGCGAGGGCCCAAGCUUGUGCGGCAGAGAUCUCAUUCAGAAGCUAAAUCUACAAGGGAUUCCUGUUUUAAGUCUCUCAGGAUUGAGAGAGAGUACAAGUCAGCAGGCUCAAGGGUUACAAGCGUUUCUGCGAGAGUUCGGAGACUUGUUUACACCGGGUCUGGGACUGAUAAAGGGACCCCCUGCGCAUCUUUACCUGAAGGAAGGUGCAGUGCCUAAGUUCUGCAAGGCGAGACCAUUGCCAUACGCGCUGCGUAAUAAAGUAUCAACACAGUUGGACAGGCUUGUAGAAGCAGGGGUUAUAUCACCAGUAACGCAUUCAGAUUGGGCCACACCCGUCGUCCCGGUAUUGAAGAAGGAUGGCAGCGUUCGCUUGUGUGGAGACUUUAAAGUGACGCUGAACCCCGCCUGCGCCGUCGAGAAGUACCCACUACCUGUGCUCGAGGACUUGUUCGCGUCGCUCAACGGAGGACAGUUUUUCACGACUUUAGAUCUCCGUGACGCGUACAACCAAAUUCCGCUGGAUGAAGAAUCGCGGAAAUUGACAGUCAUAAACACUCAUCGUGGACUCUACUGCUUCAACAGAUUGCCCUUCGGAGUUUCAUCGGCACCGGCAAUAUUUCAGAGGACCAUAGAACGCAUUCUUCAUGGCAUCCCAGGAGUACAAGCGUACCUAGAUGACGUCCUUCUCGCAGAGAGGGGACACGACGACAAGGUCCUCGAAGCGGUCCUACAACGGUUCCGGGAACAUGGCGUGAAGCUAAACAAGCAAAAAUGCUGCUUUAAGAAGACGUCGGUGGAGUACCUCGGACACCGUAUAGAUGGAGAGGGGAUUCACCCCAUGGAGAAGAAUCUUCAGGCCAUCAAAGAUGCGCCUCUUCCGAAGAACAUCAGCGAGUUACGUUCCUUUCUAGGAAUGUUAACCUUUUACAGUAGAUUCCUGCCAAACAUGACCACCAUGCUAGCACCACUCUACCACCUAUUGGAAAAGAAAGUGGCAUGGCAUUGGGGACAUGAGCAAGGCGAAGCGUUCAAUAGAGCGAAGACGGCGUUGGUGAAUGCCAAGGUGUUGACGCAUUUCGACCCGACCAAGGAGCUUCGUCUGGAAUGCGAUGCUUCAUCUUACGGAUUGGGAGCGGUACUCUUUCACAGAGUGCAUGGGAGUGACAGACCAAUCGGAUUCCGCUCUAGAACGCUAACAUCAGCUGAGAAGAAUUACUCUCAAUUGGAGCGCGAAGCGCUGGCGCUAGUCUUCGGAGUCAAUCGCUUUCGGGAUUACUUGCUUGGUAGGGAGUUUACAUUGGUCACUGACCACCAACCCUUGGUAGGUUUGCUUCGAUCGGAUCGUCCAACACCGGUCAUGGCAGCAGCACGCAUCCAACGCUGGUCACUGCUCUUAGGCGGGUAUCGCUACAAGCUGGAGUACAGACCCGGCAAGACCUUACUCACUGCAGAUGCACUUAGUCGACUUCCCCUAUACAUGAAGGAAGACGAUGACUCACAGAACGAGUUGCCGGAGUAUAUUCUAGCAUUAGAACAUCUGGACGAAGGACCAGUCAGUCAAACUGAACUGCAAGCUACCACUGCUGCGGAUCCUCAACUGAGCCAGAUAAAGAAGUACAUCUUGGAUGGUUGGCCCAGAAGCAGGAAAACAGUGGAAGAGGACCUGCACCCUUUCUACGACAGGAAGCUUGAGUUGUCUGUGGCAUAUGGAUUGAUCUACUGGGGUCAUCGUGUAAUUGUGCCACAGAAGGCACGAAAAAGAUUGCUGUUCAUGCUCCACGAGACACAUCAAGGAACAGCAGCAAUGAAAGCGCUGGCAAGAUCGCGGUUCUGGUGGCCAGGCCUCGAUAAGGAUAUCGAGCGCAUCACACAGACGUGCCAAUCGUGCAUUCAAGCUGCACCAAUGCCAAGGACACGUGAACCAGUCGAUUGGCCAACAACUGGUGAGAACUGGUCUAGAAUUCAUCUGGAUUACGCCGGACCAGUGCAAGGCAGGAUGAUCCUGGUAAUCGUGGAUUCACACAGCAAGUGGAUUGAAGCCAUUCCGUUACGACAUGCAACGUCGGAAUCUACGGUCACAAGCUUGCGUGCAGUAUUCAGCCGUUUUGGCAUUCCACGCACUCUGGUCACCGAUAACGGUACACCAUUCACGAGCAAAGAGUUCGCUGAAUUCGUGCGCAGGAAUUGCAUAACACAUUUACGGUCUGCACCGUUUCACCCGCAAUCAAAUGGCUUGGCAGAACGGGCUGUGCGCACCAUCAAGGAUGCAUUGAAGAAGGCUGGAGGUAGUGACCUCGACACCACUCUAGCACGUAUUUUGUUCAGCUAUAGAAGAACAUCGAGAAGCUCGGGAAAAUCACCAUCAGAGCUCUUGCUCGGGUAUCAACUACGUUCUCCACUGGAUCUCAGUUUUCCUCCCAUCAGCGUUGCAGUACCUGAAGGCAAGAAUGAGUUCUCUCUUGGGGACAGCGUGUUUGCGCGUAACUAUGGCACCGGAGACACGUGGGUGCCGGGUAUCGUGAAAUCGACCUCUGGAGCUAGAAUGGUGACUGUGCAGACGCCUUCAGAAACGGUUCGUCGACAUGCUGACCAGCUACGCAGCAGACACCCAACAAACGACGAAGAUGCCGCACAUCAACCAGAUCCAGGACCACUGGAACAGCAAGCCGGAAGCAAGGAUGGAGGCCAACGACAUCGCCCGUCCGUACCAAAUGGUGAAGAGCGAACUGUUCAAAGUGCAUUGCCAGUGCGUCGAUCAAGUAGAGUACGCAAGCCAGUUGGACGUUAUCGUUAUUAAGUUAGUUUGAGUGUAAAGGGUUUUCUUAAGGGGGUGGAAAUGUUGUAACGUCAAAUAUAUUCUGUACCAUCGUGUUUCUGGGCAACGUGAACGACGAACACGAUGCUGGAGCGCGUGGUCAUUGUGUUCUGUUUUUCAAGGGAAUAAAGACGCACACAGUCGUC